AUGGAUACGUCCAGAUGCGCUGGUGAUGCCAGUGCCAUGAGGUCAUUGCAAACAACCGCCAGCCCCAAAGCCUCGGCACACAACAAAGUUGAACAGGCUACGGCCAAGCUGCCAAGCCCAGUCGGCUAUGUCUGGAAGGGGGGCCAGAGCGGCGGACUGCGGCCCAUUUGGGAAACCGUCGGCGGAGGGAAUAUAUAUACAGGGCGCAGCGCCUGUCCUCGCUGCCCAGCCAUAUUUAAUCGGGCAAUGGCCGCUCAAAGACGAAAGAAACAGACAGAGACAGACCGAGAGCAACCAGAAAGGACCGGGGAGUGGAAAAUCUCAGACCAUCUGCAACUUCUGUAG